AUGUUUGGGGUGAGGACUCUGCUGAGUACAACAACUUUAAUAUUCCUCUAUUUUGAUAGAGAUGGUGUUGUUUGUUGUUGUGAUUUAUACUACUUUGAUACAGUAGUUGUAGAAGUACUAAAUGAUUUAAUUGAUUGA